CCGCCACCCGUCGACGCCGGCCUCUCUCCUCACCCGCUCGGAGAGUCGGAGCCCGGCGGCCGGAGGGCGACGUCGUCCCUAAUAAAUACUAAUAAUUUAUCACUAUACAUAACCAAUAUAUAAGCCAUGGGCAAGCGCAGCGUCCCUCGGUACCCUGAGGACGAGGACAAAGGCGGCUGCUGCGGCUGCCUGUGCUGGUGCUGCUGCUUCCUGUUGUUCAUCGUGGCGGCGCUGGCCGGCACGGCCGCCUACUUCUUCUUCGUGUACAAGCCCAAGGCGCCGUCCUACUCCGUGAGCAACAUGUCCGUCUCGCAGUUCGACUUCAGCACCUCCGACCUGACGCUGUACGUCAAGCUCACCGCCUCCGUGCGCGCCGAGAACCCCAACGAGAUGAUCACCAUCAGGUACGGCGAGGGCUCCCACACCGUGGUCUCCUACCGCGGCACGCCGCUGUGCUCCGGGAAGCUCCCGGCCUUCUUCCAGGGCUACAAGAACGUCACCGUCAUGGACAUCUCCAUGGAGGGCCGCCACGGCUUCGGGUCGGGGCUCCAGCAGGCGCUAGAGGAGAGCGAGAAGGCCGGGGACAUCCCGCUCGACAUCUUCGUCAGCGUCCCCGUGGAGCUGCAGCUCGGCUCCGUCGACCUCCGCCAGAUUAAAGUCAACGUGCACUGCGCGCUCGUCCUCGAUAGCAUCUCGCCCAAGAAGAAACCCAACAUAAAGUCCGCAACCUACCAGGCCAACGUAGAGUUUUGAUUCACAAUUGGGUCGGAGUUGAUCAGUCCAGGCCAGGGACAUAUGUAUGCUUAUUAUUCGUCUGUAUGUACUGAUUGCUCGGUCGCUAAUAUAUUCAGUGGAGCUGGGAAGAUCUACAUUAAAUCACAUUCCAUUCC